UCUUCUUCCCCUUUUCCUCUGAAGAAACCCCUCAAAACCCAAGAAUUUUAGCCAAAAUGGGUUUCCAAUUCAAUUGAUUCUUGAAUUUCGUUUUCCCUCUUCUUCUUCAAUUGAAAUUAAGAAAAAAUUGGGAAUUUUCUCAGCUGGGUGUGCUGGGAAAGAAGUUUAGUAAGAUCAUGCAGCCUAAUCAACAACAGCCUUCGAAGCGUCAGCUCCCAUUUACGUCAAGUAAACCGCCGUUAGGUGAUUACCAUCGGUUAUCUACUGACCCACUUCAACCUUCUUCUCAAGAGCCUGAAGGGAUCGUUGUAAAGUCUACUCCACUGAAACGAAAGAGUGGAACAGCAAACUACGAACAGGGAGUUGGUGCACAGGUGGCAGGUUCUGGAAGUUUCAAUGGGAGUAGUCCAAUGCAGACACCAAUUUCAGGGAAAGCUGGAAACUCACAGAAAGCACCUAGGACAUCAAAGGCCAGAGCUGCUGCUCAAGCAACCUCAAGUUUAGGAUCCCCUUCAGGCAAUAAUGUUACUCCAGUUGGUCCUUGCCGCUAUGACAACUCCUUAGGUCUCUUAACAAAGAAGUUCAUUAACCUGCUCAAACAUGCAAAAGAUGGCAUCCUAGAUUUGAACAAGGCUGCUGAUACAUUAGAGGUGCAGAAAAGGCGUAUAUAUGACAUUACAAAUGUCCUGGAAGGCAUUGGUCUGAUAGAAAAGAAACUAAAAAACAUGAUCCAAUGGAAGGGGUUAGAUGUCUUAAGACCGGGGGAAGUUGAUGAGAGUGUUACAAGUUUACAGGCAGGAGUUGAAAAUUUGACGAUAGAGGAAAGUAGAUUAGAUGAACAGAUAAGAAAAAUGGAAGAAAGAUUGAGGGACCUGAGUGGAGAUGAAAAUAAUAAAAGAUGGCUUUUUGUAACUGAAGAUGAUAUAAAGAGCUUACCUUGUCUUCAGAAUGACACACUGAUAGCUAUUAAAGCUCCACAUGGCACCAGUUUAGAAGUCCCAGAUCCUGAUGAGGCUAUUGAUUAUCCACAAAGGAGAUAUAAAAUAGUGUUUCGCAGCACCAUGGGGCCAAUUGAUGUUUACCUUGUCAGUAAAUUCGAGGAAAAGUUCGAAGAGAUAAAUACUGUUGAGGAACCAUCAACCAUGCCUCCAACAUCAGGUUUCAUUGAGAAUGAAACUGUAACAUUGCCUGUUGAUGAUGGUGGAGGAGUUGAUGUUGGGAUGGAGGAGCAAGAAAAUCAAAGAGAGUGUCCAGAAGCUGGCACUUCCCAGGACUUUGUGAGUGGAAUUGUGAAGAUUGUUCCAGAUGUUGAUAAUGAAGCAGAUUACUGGCUGUUGUCAGAUGCCGAUGUUAGUAUCACUGACAUGUGGACAGAGUCUGCUCUUGACUGGAACGCGUUGGAUUCAAUUAAUGAGGAUUAUUCAAUUGCGGAUGUUAGUACUCCACGUGCCCAAACUCCCCCUUCUAGUACCACUGAAGUACCUUCUGCGAAUACUACUGGAAGCUGAGUAAUAUUUCCUGGCAUUUCUGUGGAUGCUCAGGCUUGGUUUUCAGAGUAGUGCUCGAGCUUGGUGUUCAAAAUGAUAAAUUCUCC